GUGUGUGGGGUGCAGGUGUGGCGGCUGCAGUGGCUGCGGAGCUGAUGAGAAAUUCCUAAAUUUCCUCUGGGAGUGAGGUAGAAUUUCUUAAGAACAUAAUGGAUGGAGAAGAGAAUACCUAUGGUGGCUGUGAAGGCCCUGAUGCUAUGUAUGUCAAAUUAAUAUCCUCUGAUGGCCACGAGUUUAUUGUAAAAAGAGAACAUACUUUAACAUCAGAAACAAUAAAAGCCAUGUCGAAUGCCCCAGGUCAGUUUGCUGAAAAUGUAACCAAUGAAGUCAAUUCUAGAGAGAUCCCUUCACGUGUGCUAUCCAAAGUGUGCAUGUACUUCACUUACAAGGUUCGUUACACUAACAGCUCGACCGAGAUUCCUGAAUCCCCAAUUGCACCUGAAAUUGCACUGGACCUGCUGAUGGCUGCAAAUUUCCUAGAUUGUUAAAUAAAAUAAAUUAUAAUAAACUGUUAACUUUUUUUCAGUAUUUAAUACCCAUAGUUCAGUUAGUAACUUUUCAUAUAUAGGAUGUUGCCUGUGUGCAAUUGAACUUUUAAUGUUCAUUGCCAAGAAGA